AUGACACCCAAGUCUAAGCGAGUAACGGCUGAGCAUACGAGAGAUCGCGUUCGCAAUAACCAGCGUCGUCAUCGUGCACGAAGAAGAGACCACAUCGCCACGUUAGAGGAAAGACUGCACGAGGCAGAACAGACCAUCUCAAAAUUGAGAGUCCAAGUUGACGACCUCGAAGAUGCUUUGCGAGGGAAUAAUAGUAGACGAAUAUCGACCGCAAUAUUAGCAGAACCUGAAGACUUGGGUAUUCAGGAAGCACCAGCCGUUGUUGAUGGACACGAUCUACUACUUCCAAGUACCGGCAUUUUUACCGAGGAUCAUGACUCUGGGGAAAUCAACGUUCUGGGUAGCGAUAACUUACCCGGUAUCAAUAUCGAACCCACUGACUUGCCACUAUCGAUCCUCCAAUCUGCCAUGUUUUCUUCACUAUCUCAGCCGGGGUAUCCCUUCGAAUAUCAGAGCAACCAAAACAACAGCCCUCUGCAACAAAACCGAGCUAACGAGACUCUGCUGUGA